CGAAGACUGAAGCAGUAUCAUAUCAGAGCAAUCAGCUUGGUUAAUCGCAUGACUUUAAUUCUUCUGCUGCUGCUCAUUUUCCGUGUGAAGUUCUACAGUAUUCUUCCGAGGCUGUCCUGUUAUCAUGUUUGAAUGGCUUGUCGCGUAGUGCGAAAGGGAUUCGCGUCGAACAGAAUAAGGAUAAAGUUGGCGGUAGUACAAAGAAAACCGGCUUUUAACAUGUCUGUUAUAGUCGUGCAACCAAAAGCAGCCAACGCAAAAAUGUUUCUUUUUUGGCCGUUCGUCUGUUUUUUUCUGGCUGUACAGGAGAAAUCUGUGGCCUCUAUCGAUGGACCGCUAACGGAUGCAGGACAAUCAGGCACCUUCCCACACUUUUCCUUCGACCCGAUGACCCCGGAACAGUGCGCCCGACAAUUUACUGCCCAUUGCGCACCGCCAAACCUUACCGCUGCCAACUGCACCUUGAACUACGUGCAGAUCCACUGUGAUAAUCAAGCGAACGACGAAGAAAUCCGUCAACUCGCCCAAUCUUUUUCGCAGUCACCACAGCGUGCUGUCUUCGUCAGCUUGACGGACAGACCAUCCCUGAACUUUGAUAUAUCACCCGUUCGGAACAACACCGUCAUGUUGCAUCUGUAUAACUGCGUCUCUCCGCGCACUACCUAUAAACUGGCGGGGCCUGGUUUCGCCAAUCUGUGGGACUUUCAGCUGCACAACUGCCAGGAUAUUGUGGUGAGAAAAUACGACUUUUCGUGGACAUCGGAGCUCCGGUCGAUCCAGUUCGUCAACACGACAAUGCGGUCCUUGGAACAAGACUCAUUCACGGAUCUGCCAGCGUUGCGAAUGCUAUCACUGGAACGGGGAUUCAGCGAAAUGUCGCAGUUUAGUGUACAGGUGGCCGAUUAUCUCCAGCAGUUGCACUGUGCCUAUGAAUACCAAUGGUUCAGAAAAUGGUGGCCGGGCAGUCAGCUAUUGCGCCGGGCGAAGGCCGGAGAAAUAUUUCGGAUGCCAGUGCUGUCGUGGGAAAACGAAGAGAUUGGAAAGCGAGACGUGUAUUUACCGAUUGACUGCGCAGCGUUUCCAAACGGCUCGCAAGCAAUUAAUUUUUCUCAGGAGCCAUUUUCAAUAAAUGAAGACCGAUCGUCGAAUGCUUCUUUAUCCUUGACGGCAGUCAGGGAUCGACCGGAAAUUGUAAUGGAAUCAGCGGAUGGGGCAGUCACAUUUUUGGAAGUUAAUGCAACUUCUAAAGUUGACUUGGUUCUGAAAGGAAAUGUUUCCGCCGGCCAGCACGUCAACUUCCGAGAUUUGCUUGGAGGUACGCACUAUUUCAUCCGCGCGAGGCUGCUACAGAAUGGUCGGAAUGUAGUGCGCUUAUUUAAUGAAUUUACUUAUCCCUUUCCUCCCGUUGAUAUUAGUGCCAGCGAGAACCUGACCUCCACGGACAGCAUUACGCUGGAAUGGUCCAUACCGUUCAACACUCGCAUUGAAGGCUACCAGAUUCUGUACCAACGCGACGAUGGCGGUGCAGUCUCGCCCUCACCGGAUCUGAAAAUAGUCAACGUUUCCAACGCGAUCGCCACGAGCUUCAAUGUGACAGGAUUAGAACCAGGCACAACGUAUUCAUUCCGAAUGAGAAGUUUUGUGGGAAAUGUUUCCAGUGUGGAGACACCCGCUGUCUUGUACUGCACUCGUCCGCUCAAGCCCAGCUUCAUCGUGCAAACUUUACCGGGCAAACUGAUACUGCAACUUCAACGACCAACUAAUUCCACAAAGUACUACCGCGUGAAAUUGUUGAACCUGGAUGUGAAAGAUGCACCAGUGCGUGAAAUCAUCAUUCCCAGUGAUCCAGUGGUUGUCAACCACUCUAUUGGCAUUGAUUAUGAAGGAGCGACGUACGAGGUCCGUGUGGCAGCUGUUGCUUGUGACCUGCUCAGCGAAGAAGUGUCGCAGACUGUCCAUUCCUUGCCCCCGCCUGUAACCUUUUACUGGCCUCCGACCGAGUGUAGCCCUACCUCCAUCUCAUUUGCCGUUAGUGACGACUGGAAAGUACAUAGACACCGUGGCAUCUUCACGCGAUUCGUGUUCACAACGGAUGGGAUUCCGCCUGUAUAUGUUUUGCCGAACGCUGUGGACAGGCUUGUGGUGGAGUUGACCGGUCUCAGUCCUGGGAUCAAUCAUGAAAUCCUCGGAUGGACAGAGCGAGGGGAAGUCCAAAGUGAAAAGCGGUCUAUGACGGUGCAACUUAAGCCUAACAACGUCGCCGUGAUCAAGGUUACCAAUACCACCACCAAUAGUAUUGAUUUUACAUGGGAACCCCCAGCCGGGAUGUUCGACGAGUUGUCGAUCGAUCGCUUCUACUAUGGCCGAUCAGUACGCCAUUAUGGAGGGAUAGAUUCCGCAGCUAACACGGAUUGCUUCCCAGUGCGGUCUACUUAAUAAACGCGAUGGCCCGUAGUGGCACUCAUUACAGUCCAUUCUGGGCAACAUCUUUCGCAAUUUUCAAGUCAGUGAGAGCCAAGACUCCGGCAUUUUGCGGUUCUUAAGUGGAAUUCUGUUAACUUAAUGUACUCGUAUAACAUGGACCCCGAUACUAUUUUUCCCGUUUCAAAACACUUUUAUCGCCAGUAGGGUGAGAGUUGAGCCGUCCAGCAUAAAUUAACUGCACCUGUCGCAGUACUCAGUCUGAGGAACUUAUUAAAGCUCCUGAGAAAAAAAC